AACAAAAUGUUUUCUUGAAUAUUUAUGGAUUUUUAUAAAUAUUAAGUAAUAUUCACAUUAAAGUAUCAUUUUUUAUAGUAAUCAUAUUUUAGUGGUAUUUUAUUAUAGGUCUUCGUCAACUAAAAUAUCGAAAAUGGUAAAAAUUUGCUGUGUAAGGGGAUGUAAAAUUGAAAGUGCUUCAAACUGUGGUGUUUGGUUCCAUAAGAUUCCAAAAAAUGAAAAAAUACGCGCCAAAUGGUGCGAAGCCCUAGGAGAACCGAUAACUUCACGUAGCGCUGUGAUUUGUAACCAACACUUAGAAGUUUUUAAACCAAAGAUUUUAGCUACAUUAAAAAAUGAUACUGUACCUUCAGGUUUGCCAAUUACUAGUGAAUCAUGUAAAACCAAGUCUCAUUUGCCAAGUCAUUCAGAUGAUGCUGAUGAGAUAGAAGAAUACUCACAAUGCAAUUUAUCAGGUAGCUUUAAAGAAAAAAAAUUACAUCAUAUUGGUAUACAGGCUUCUUUGACUAGCCCUAAUGAAAAAAUGAUGCAACAAAAAAUUAAAAUACUACAACAAUCCCUCAGACACAGAGAUAAAGAAUUAGUAGAAUUAAGAAAAAAGUUACAUAUAAUUAAAAACAAGUGCCUUACAUAUGAGGAAGUUAAGCUAGUCAUGAAAAACGAUUUUAAUGACAUUCAUGAUUAUUUCGUGUCAAGUGGUAGAGUUUUGUGUGACUAACAUACCUAGUAUGGUAUUAAUCAAUACUGAUAACUAUAUAGUAGUAAAUGAAGAUAAUUAUUAUAUACAGCUAUACAAUACCAAUCACUCUUUGAAGACCUUAUGUAUAAAGACAUGAGGAACAUAAUGUGUAAAAUAUACAUGUGGAUGUGAACAUUUACUUGUAAUUUAUAGUACAAAAAGAGGCAAGUUUUUGAAGUGAGUAAAAUAUAAUACACAAUAUAGCAACAAGGCAGAAGGAAGAUUUCAAUACAGAGUGUAUUAUUAGUAAUAAGUGUAAUAAUUUAUACACUUAUUAAUAAAAAUUACUAAAUUGAUGUAUAAAUAAAAUACAUGUAAAUUUUGAAAUAAAAUUAUUGUAAUUCUAAUAAUAUUUUACAUGUUUGUCACAGAACAUAAAAUUGACACCAUCACCAUGUGAUACACAUAGCAAGGAGAGAGAGAGUGAGUCUCUGAUAAAUUGAGCAUAUUUAAAUCAGAGCAACCCACUAUGUUAACAUUUUUCAUCCAAAGGAAAAAUAAUACGCAUAUUUAAUACUCAAUAUUUAUAUUCAUUUAACGAAGUUGUAAAUCUGCUUUUAAAUUAAGAAUUAUAAAAACUGACAAUAAAUAAAAUAUCACAGCAAAUAUAUUCAUACUUCAUAAAUUAUAAAAUCAUCAAAAUUUAGGUGAAAUACAUAAAUCUUUUAUUAUGUUAAAUAAAGAAAAGUAAAAAAGAAAAUUACAUGAUAAUAACAUUACCAAGGUAUCAACUUUGUGAUUUUAAAUACUGAUUUAGUUGUAAACCUUUGAAGAUUUACUUAAGAAUACUACUGUGUAUGUAUAUAACAAAAUAAUUGUUUAUUAAAGAAUCUAAUUGACAUUAUCACAUAAAGAACAAUCCACUUGAGUAUUAUAAAGCAUGCCAUAAAUUAGUUAUAUCAACAUAAAUAAGAAAAAUAUGUACCCUUAAUAUAUUAAAAUGCAAUACAAAUAUUGGACAUUUCUUUGCUACAUAUAAUUGAUUUGGAGUAAUGCAAUAUUUAUAUUUAUAGAAAUGUGUAAUGCUCAGAUCUGAAUGUAAAUUCAAAUUUGAUAUACAAAAUAAUCAAUUCACGUAUUUUACAAUUUCUAAAGUUACGCGAAGACUUUGUUAACUUAUAUCAGACCACAUUGUGAGCAUAGGGACUUGAGAAACUUGUAUGAAAUUACAACAUGCUGUAUUAUUUUAAUUAAAUAAAUAACAAUUAAUUUAAAAUAGAAUGUAAUUAUCUACAAAAAUCUAUUAAUUUAUAAAAAUUGCUUAAAUGUGUGAUACCCUAAUUAUUAACAUUGUUUUAAAAUACAUGUCCAUUGUGUAAUAUUUCCGUUAGUGUUAUAAUACAAGAUUUCCGCUACAAUAUUCAAAUACUCCAUUUUAUCAAGGAACCAAUACAAUUUACGAUAUUAAUAUACUUGCAUAUAUUUAAAAACAAUUAUUUGAUAAUAUUUACACAGCAAUAUCAAAAAUUACGGUUUCGUAGCAAAAUAUUUACAAAUUCAAUUUAAAACAACGCUAUACAGUUUUGUGCCCUUUUUACAUUAUAUGUUGAGCGCACACUCAUUAAACUUAAUUUAUUUGUUUAAUUGAUCAAUUUGCGAAAGGGAUAAGAAAAUAAUCAUUUUAGAAAAACCUGGUUAAGUAUUAUUUAAAUUAAGUAGAUGAAAAACAUAUUGAUUAAUAUUUAGCAAAAAAUAUAUGUAAUUUCAUCCCAUUUUUCAAAUUGUUCAAUAUAUAUAAUAUAAUAAUUUAAUAAAUACAUGUGGUGUCUCUUAUAAUAAUCUAGGGUUUUAAUAAACAUCAUCUAUAAUCUGUUAAUUUACGGUAAUAUAUUUAAUAGAAGUAAACACACUCCUUUUACAUAAACAUAUUUUAUUGAUUGAUUACAAUUAUUAGUAAAACUCAAAACUAAUAUUUUAUUAUAAGAUUUCAAUAAAAUUAGUUUUAUCAAAAUUCUAAUUAAAUUUCAUCAGUCGUAUUUAUAAUAACGACGGUACAGAUUUGGGCUCUUUAUAUCUAACACCAGAAACACGAAAUCUCUCUAGAGACAUUCAAAGGUCAACUGAAAAAUUAUUGUAAUAAUUAAUU